ACUAGCAGAGGUUUUCUUUUUUCCCACUCUCCAAAACGACGGACUUUUCUUCGGCUGCUUCGCUGAGACAUUGGUAGUGAUACCUACUCGUUCCUUCUCAGGAACUUGCUUUCAUCGGACACGUGUUAGCACCUGCGAAAGGCAUCGUAGAGAGUCGGGUAUUUAUCGCCGGUGAAGAAAAUGAAGAUCGACGUCAACAAAAUCGCUCGGAAAGUAGAGGUCGAUAAUCGGAUUCCUCUCCGUCACUAUUACAGAAUUGCCGAUAAUCUCCUCAGACAGGCAAAUAUACACCGCGAGGAGAAGAAUAUUGUAGAUUUGUAUACAAUACUUCUAAGAUAUUCAAGUUUGGUGUCUGAAACAAUUCCAUAUCACCGAGAUUAUCAGAUUUUGCUUCCAAAGGAAAGAGCAGCUUAUAAGAAGAGAUUGUUUGCUGUCCUAGAUGAGCUUGAAGCUUUGAAGCCAGAAUUCCAUCGAAGAGUAGACGAGCUAAACAAAGCUUAUGCUAGAACUCAACUGCACGAGCUUGACGACCCAGAAAGGACUUACUAUGGUUCUGACUCUUCUUCAAAAUGCCCAUCUGUUAAUAAAGUUUCUUACUCGAGCAUCAGUGUUAAGCGGCCCUCUGUUGUGGCACCACAGUCUUCAUGGAGGUACAGCAACAAUCAUACUCAAGUUUCAUCUUCAAACCCUCCUCAACUUGACAAGCCUUUGCAGAAGCUAUCUAUUAGUUUACCUCUUCCCAAGCAAGAGACGUUGUCCAGACACUCAUUCUUAGGGCCUAACGGUCUUAGGGGUCAAUGGCGAGGACCUAGUGCAGAGAUAAAGGUUCAGUAUCCAAGUUAUACCGACUUAACCUCUUCUGAAAAUUUAAGCCUGGAUCAGGCUGCACAAUACAGUGUUGAGGGAGUAAAAGAUAGCGAUUCUGGGAGCAUUGCCUCUACUAUGGAAUCAGUGCUCUCUUUAGAUGAUGGGAGAUGGUCACGCCCAGUUGAAGAGGCGUCCCCUGCAUUAAUUAAUGAAGCAAGGGAAGAUCCUUUCCAGUUUGUUGGUAUUAGGCAACCUUCACCGCCUCCUGUUCUUGCUCAAGUGCAUGAUUUUUCUCCAAUUCCUCCAUCAAAAGUUGCAGAUCCAAGACCUGGACCUGCAAAAUCUUCCCAGGAUGUGAUUCCUAGCUCAAAUUCAUAUCAACAUUUACAUGUUCCUGUAAAUUUGAUGGAGGACUUCUUGAGAUUAGCUCAUGCAAAUACACAGAAAAACUUAGAAACAUGUGGUGUUCUUGCUGGUUCACUGAAAAACAGGGUCUUCCACCUCACUACUCUUAUAAUCCCAAAGCAAGAGUCAACCUCAGAUUCGUGUCAGACGGUGAAUGAAGAAGAAAUAUUUGAAGUUCAAGAUAGAUUGGCACUUUUCCCUCUUGGAUGGAUUCAUACACAUCCAUCGCAGACAUGUUUCAUGUCAUCUGUUGAUCUGCACACUCAUUACUCGUAUCAGAUCAUGUUACCUGAAGCAAUUGCAAUUGUAAUGGCCCCGACUGAUGAAUCAAGUCCACAUGGCAUAUUUCACUUGUCUGAUCCGAGUGGUGUAUCUGUGAUCCGAAAUUGCCAGCAGAGGGGAUUUCAUCCCCAUGAGGAGCCUUUAGAUGGAAGCGCAAUUUAUGAGCACUGCUCUCACGUCUACAUGAAUUCCAACUUAAAAUUUGAAGUUGUUGAUCUUCGGUGAUCUUCAAUUCUAUAGCAAGAGCUUUCAAGAAAACAAUUUUUUACAAAGUACAUAUCUCAAUAUGUUGUAUAUCCAACUGGUAUUCUGAACCGAAAAUUGACAAGAAUAUAGCAUGUCCAUUUCCCCUUUUUUA